UGGGCUUCCAAGGCCCCGGGGCGCUGCGGGUUGUAUUGGCUGGAUACCGGAGGGCGGAAGUGCAGUAGGGCUCUGCUCCGACCUCCGCGGCGGUGCCUUCUGCGGCUGCGCGGGCUCUCGGGACUCCAGGCUCGCGCGGCUCUGCGGGACAGUGUGUCAAGCCCCCUGCGCCGGCGCCCUACUAGAGCCCGGGAUCCGAGCGUCCUCACCCGUGCGGGAAGCCGGAGAAGGAGCUGGCGUUUCUGUUUGGCUUUGGGUGAAAAAAGAAUUUAGCCUAUAUGCACUGCUUUAACCACUGGAAGAAUGACAGAUGACAAAGAUGUGCUUCGAGAUGUCUGGUUUGGACGAAUUCCAACUUGCUUCACCCUGUAUCAGGAUGAGAUAACUGAACGGGAGGCGGAACCAUAUUAUUUGCUUUUGCCAAGAGUAAGUUAUUUGACGUUGGUAACUGACAAAGUGAAAAAGCACUUUCAGAAGGUUAUGAGACAAGAAGACAUUAGUGAGAUAUGGUUUGAAUAUGAAGGCACACCACUGAAAUGGCAUUAUCCAAUUGGUUUGCUGUUUGAUCUACUUGCAUCAAGUUCAGCUCUUCCUUGGAACAUCAUAGUACAUUUUAAGAGUUUUCCAGAAAAGGACCUUCUGCACUGUCCAUCUAAGGAUGCAAUUGAAGCUCAUUUUAUGUCUUGUGUGAAGGAAGCUGAUGCAUUAAAGCAUAAAAGUCAAGUAAUCAAUGAAAUGCAGAAGAAAGAUCAUAAACAGCUAUGGAUGGGAUUACAAAAUGAUAGAUUUGACCAGUUUUGGGCCAUCAACCGGAAACUCAUGGAAUAUCCCGCAGAAGAAAAUGGAUUUCGUUAUAUCCCUUUUAGAAUAUAUCAGACAACAACCGAACGACCUUUCAUUCAGAAGCUUUUUCGUCCUGUGGCUGCAGAUGGACAGUUGCAUACACUAGGCGAUCUCCUCAAAGAAGUUUGUCCUUCUGCAGUUGCUCCUGAAGAUGGAGAGAAAAAGAAUCAGGUGAUGAUUCAUGGAAUUGAGCCAAUGUUGGAAACACCUCUGCAGUGGCUGAGUGAACAUCUGAGCUACCCGGAUAAUUUUCUUCAUAUUAGUAUCAUCCCGCAGCCGACAGACUGAAGAUCAACUCUCUGCCUGAGCGGAAUCACCCCUAAACAGGAUUUACCAGAGCAUGUCACCCUUCUGCUUCAAUCAGGUGUGGUGGAGGCAAGCUGACCAGAAACACUACUGCAAGCCAAACAGGAAGAUGAUUCCCUGUCAGAUAAGGGCACUUGGGCUGGUCUUACUCUGCAUCACCACUGCUUUCCUCCACUGCCGUCAUUAAACCUCAGCUGCGACAUGAAAGACUUCACAGGACCACUGCAAGUCUUUCUGUUUUCUUGUAAAAUAUAAUGAAGCCGAAACCUUUGGCCUAAGAAGAAAAUGGAAAUAUGUGCCACUCGAUUUGUAUUUCUGAUUAACAAAUAAACAGGGGUAUUUCCUAAGGUGACCAUGAUUGAACUUGAGCUCGAGGGAGUGGAAACAUUGGUUUAAUUUUCUAGAGAAUUAGACUUAAGAAAGUAAAAGAGAAAUUCUGUUAUCAAUAACUUGCAGUAAUUUUUUGUAAAAGAUCCAAUUACAGUAAACCCAUCUUUCCUUAAUGAAAAUUUCGUAUGUUUACAGUCUGUCUAUUGGUAUGCAAACAAUCUUGUAACUUUGAUAAUGAACAGUGAGAGAUUUUUAAAUAAAGCCUCUAAAUAUGUUUUGUCAUUUAAUAACAUACGAUUUUGUCACUUUUCCAGUACUUUCUGACUCACGUACAGUAGUAGAUCACUGUUUUUACUCCGUUGCCAUUCAGGUGGGUCGUCAUUGACAUGGAAUAGUUGGAGGACGUAGGAUAACUUGUCUCAGGAGCCAUCGUCGAAUUUCUUGCUGCCGAUUUUUUAAAUCUAUGUUCUUUACAUGCUAAAUGUUAUCCUUUAUCUUUGCUGUUUUAUCACUGUAAGCCUGUCAAAUCAUAGUAUGCUAACCAUCCAUAUAAGAUAAUUCUGCUCUUCUGGAAAAAACCCAGUCCUUUCCAAGCUGGUGUUUUUCAUUGGCUUCUGGUGUAAUAUUUCACUGUGGCCCCUGGCAGCCGGUCUUUGAAGUCUAAAGAUUACCAAUCUCCUGACUGUAGUAGCUUUUCCUCAACUUUACCAAAAAUAUUCAGAAGUUCCUGGAGUUCUUAUUCAGUGUAAGGAAAUUUUUGCUGCACUUUAUUACCACGCUGCUGGGAUUCAACCAGCCGAACAUAUUUGUGCAUCGCACUGUUUCUUGUGAGCUUGCUGUCCACAUGGACUGUCGGCCCAUUUGAAUAUGCUAAAAGAUGUAGUAGUAUCUGAUAAUGGUUUUAGAUACCAUAAUAAACAUGAAUGUUUUUCUUAUAAAAAGUGUACGAAUGUUCAAGCGUGAGCCAGCUAGUGCUCACUGCUUCCUUUUUCCUUUUGUGAUUUCCAUUGAUUAAUAAUAGUGCAUUUAUUCACAGAACGAGAUAAAGUUAGGCAAAGAGCAGAUAUUCUGGAAUGGAAUGAAUAAACCUCAAUCGAAAAGAAAAACAAGGUACCCAUGUGAGAAAAUUUGACAUUGGCAAAUGUCAAUAAAAUGGAAAGUGCCAUUUUAGUAAAGGCAAAAAAAAAUAAUAAUAAUAAUAACAAUAUUUGAGUUACUUAAGGACAAAAAACCCACUGACUUGUAUUUUUUCAAAAGAGGUUGAUCUGAAUAUGAUUGUUCACAUUAAAAGUGUUUAUUCGUCUAUUCAGUUUGGGGGUUUUCCCCCUUGAUGUUUUGACAGACUGAAGUGAGCUUCAGUGAACAAAAAGGAUCAAAAUGCCAGGGAGUGCUAAGCUGUGAAGAAGAAAGCGUGGUAAGAACGGUAAGCCAUAGUAGUUUUCCACAGACAAGACUAGUUUGAGGUUUCCGCAGCGGGCUCAAGCGAGCUGCUGAUCUUUACUUCCAGAUUUGAGAGUAAAUUUUAUUCAAGCCAUUUCCCGUUGUUACUUGUUCAUUAUUACACCAGCAUCAUAACUGUAUUACUCUGCUCUCUUCCCAGGUAAGUCAAGCCCCAAUCCCCAGAGGAAGAAUAAACACAGAAAUUAGUACGGGCUUAAAUAAUCUAUUUUUGUUUCUUUUUAUUUGAAUAUUUAAAUUUUAUGGUUUAUUAAAAAAUUAAAUAAAAUUUUGUGUCUGUCAUUAUUUCCAGGAGUUGGAAAUGAAAUUUAUAUAAAGCCAGUUACCUAUUGGGGAAUUGAUUUAACUUUCCUUAGUCUCAUGCUUGUCUAAAAUUUUCUCAA